AUGGCCGCUCUGACGAUCCAAAGCAUCGCCGAAACCCUUGACUCGAACCUCUCAUGGAACACCAAGCUGUCCAGAACACGAGUCUCCACUGUCGAUGGCCUGGCUUGCACAGAAAGCUCCGAUGCAGCUGUCCAAACCUUGGAGGGUGUUCUCCGUAUGGUCAAGAGAUUGAAGCUGAGGCAAUGCCAAUUCUCUGAUAUCGAAGAGCUGGAGCCCAAGGUAGGUGAAGGGGAGACCUUUGUCGUCGAUCGCUGCAAACUCAACGGGAAAGUGGUCGCGGUCAAGCACAUCAAACUAGGAGACUACAAUGUCGACCAGCGCGCAUUCCACUGGCGUCUUCAGUCUGUUGUCCGCGAGAUUUCUAUCAUGCACCAUCAACCACUUGCUCAACACCCUCACAUCCUUCAAUUGCUUGGAUACGGGUGGAAACUAGAAGGAAGCAGUCUCUUACCUUAUAUCGUCGUCGAAUAUGGGAUUGGAGGUGACUUACGUUCAUACCUUCAGAGCCAUCCGCAAUCAUCUCUUAAAUCCAAAAUCACUCACUGCGGCGACGUUGCCUGCGGGCUGAUGGCUUUGCACCAAUGCGGAAUUGUUCACGGGGAUCUGAAGCUCAACAAUGUGAUUAUCUUCGAAUCGUGGGAUCGCCCUUCAGGAACGAUUGCCAAACUAUGUGACUUUGGACAUUCAAUCCUGCUGGCAGUUGAAAAUCCCAGUCAAUUACGAUAUGUGGGCACGACCUUAUACAACGCGCCAGAGGUGGCCAAGCAAAGGCACACUCCGAUCGACUGGGAGAACCUACACAAGUGCGACAUCUGGUCGUACGGCCUUCUUGUAUGGGAGAUACUAGCAAACGGGGAGAUCUACUUCAAGCGAAAGUGGCGGCACGAUCCCAAUUUUGCUCGCACGACCAGGGAAGCACUUUCGGGGACCACGUUGGGUGAUUCCAGGUGUCCGACGACAAGGGAAGAGGCCCAGGAAGAAUCCAUUCAACCGGAAGAAGAGGGCGUUAUGGGCACCUUCGACUCGAAACAUUUACGGAAUCUUGCUACGCAGUUUGUCAAUACAAUGCAGCUCCCCAUUUUUGAGAAGGGCUGUCUCGGACCCCUUUUCAAACUCACGUUGCAAGAAGACCCGGCCCUGCGUCUUUCAGACCUGAACCGACUACCAAUUGUCUCGGUGUGGAACAAAUCAGGUGCCAGCUCGCUUCAGCACAAGCUUGCUAUGCACGUGGGCACCUCGGAAUUCACUUUUGAGAUGUUCCAAGGGAGAGACAUACCAUGGGAACAUCAGGUAUCCAUGCUCUCAGACUUCGAACGGGUUGCCAGUCUGCGCCAAGGUGGUGAGCAAUCGACUGCUGCCGCCUUUCAUGUCGCUUUAUGUUACAUUCUUGGAUUCGGAACCAAAGUAGAAUACUCCACCGCCACUCAAUAUCUCCGGAAAGCAGAAGAACAAGCACAUCCGCUGGCCCAGCUAUUUAGUCCCAAGCUCUUGAGCAGAAUUUCCAAUCUUCCCAACCCAGGACUUGUCGACUACACCAGCAUUGUGCAUAAGGGAUUCCGUGCCAAGCGGUUCUUCAGCAGAAAUACCAAAAUCUCCUUGACCACGGGGCCCGCCAAAUCAACAGACUGUGAACUAAGCGGGCUGGAGCUCGACACUGAUGCUUCACAGCCCCGUAGUUUCGCUAACUUCCAGGAUUUCCUCGCAUGGCAGUUGGCCUUCAUCCGGCUGAAGGGCGAUUUGACGCAAUGGCAAGUCACAAUUGGAACUGGGCCCAAGAUGAACUUCUUAGAGUGUGCCAUCGCGUUCGCCGACACAGCAUUACUGUCACACCUGUUGAGCAAUACCGAUUCUGACUGGGAUAGAAUUGGGGCCUGGGGAGAAACACCGCUGGUGCAAGCCACAAGACGCGGUAGCGCCAAGAUGGUCUUAAGGCUGUUGAAUGCCUCCCACGAUCCGGCCAGAUGUGAUGAAUCUGGUGCCUCUGUGUAUCACUGGCUGUUUUCGCUCACCGCGGACAGCGAGGAAGCCAAUGUGGAUUCUGUUCUUACAACUCUUUUCCUUCACCCCCAUGCUGCAGAGGCUAUCGAGCGUGCGUGCACCACGCCAUACGUGCUGCACGCUCAAUGGCCGCUGCAACUACUUGGGACACCACUGGCGUUCGCUGUGAGUAGCGGAAGUCUGAAGACAGUAGAAGCUCUCCUCCAGCACGGUGUCGAUCCCAGAGCACCUGUAUACGCCGCUGCCGAGGAUGGUGUCCGAUCGAAGUGGACAGCGCUUCACCUUGCCACCAAAUAUCACUUUCCCCAGAUUCUUACUGCGCUGGUGCAAAAAGCAGACGAGAUUGUUAGAUCUUCACACAACCCAUUAAAAGAGCUUGGGAUUUCCAUGGCCAGGAAUCCCUUCCGCAACCCGGAAUGGAAAGGCAGAGAAAUACCAGAGGCUCUCCUGGCCGAAGCUCUGCUGGAGUUUCCAGACUUACAGCUGCCUUGCGUGCUGGGACACAUAACGACAUUGGAGAGAUAUGGUAUCCAUGGUGGAGACUAUAGACGAAGCAUCGUUGACGUACUCGAUAUUCUCCCCUCGCGAUGUCUAGAGUGGAGAUGUUCAGAUGGUCAGACAGCAUUGAUGCAGGCGAUCGACAACAACGACUACGAUCUGGCAUCCGUCCUGCUCGAUCACAGCCCGCACCUGGCUUCUGCAGCGUUUAGAGACCCCACCGAAAAAGGAGCACAUACCUACCCUUUCCACUUUGCGUGUCAGAUUGCCUCCCGGUGCGACAGCGAGGAAACGACCGACAUCGCGAGUCGAAUCUUGCAACUUCAUCCCGAAGCCGUGCGCGACAAAGACAGCAGACUGAGGACCGCCCUUCACAUGAGUGUGACGGGGUCAUCAAGCAGGGUGACCAAAUUUCUUCUCUUCCACGAAGCGCCCAAGGAUGCUGAGGAUAUCGAUGGCGCGUCCCCGUUGCACUAUGCACGCUCUCUGGCCAACGUGGUAGCAUUGCUUGAUCACGGGGCUAUGAUCGACUAUACCAAUAAGAAAGGCCUUGCUGCGAUCCAUCUCGCGGCUUCGAUUGGGGCGGACGACAUUGUUGCUGAGCUCGUCAAACGAGGGGCAAAGCUCGACCUUUCCAACAAUGAUCUUGGAAGUCCACUUCAUUGUGCGGUGAUCAAGAAGAGCAAAGCGUGUGUGUACUCGCUAGUCCAAGGCAACGCUCCGAUCAAUGCUCGAGAUCGCGACAACAACACCCCAUUGAUCUUAGCUACCCAAAGUGGGCGCAACGACAUUGUACAGAUUCUCCUGGAGCACGGUGCCGACGUCAGCCUGCAGAACAAUUCGCGAGUGACGCCACUCCGGGCUGCCGUUCUUACCAAGUCUCCCGCACUGGUGGAGAAGCUGCUUAAUCACAAUGUCUACCAUCUUGCCCAGGAAACAUCGUCGCAAACCAUCUUACAUCUUGCCGCCGCGCAAGCAGAUGCAGCCACAAUCAGAGUUCUGUUGGAUAAACUUCUUCACACUGGGGUGCUCAGCAUCAAUGCGGUCAACGGCACCUUGCAGACUCCACUGCAUGUGGCAGCACUGGCUGCUCGUGUUGGUAUUGCGCAGGUCCUGCUCGAGUACAAGCCCAAGAUCGACACGUUGGACGUUGAUGGUGCCACGCCUUUGUUGGCCGCAUGUCGAAGCAGCAAGCAAAGGGUGAUUGAUGCCAAUGGAAAUCGGACGGAGUUUGUCGACUUGCUCGUUGAGAAGGGAGCUGACCUUCGCGUAUAUGACUACAAAGAGCAGGGUGCCUGGGUGCUUGCUCGGGAAUAUCAGGACUUUAACCUGAUGGCGUAUAUCUUGGACAAACUCUCCCAAAUGGAUUGUCUGCAUGAUCAUGUGACAUACAAAGACCCAGUCGACCGCGAACUCAUUGAGUGGGCGAUCCAGCAGGACGAAUGGGAUUUUGUGACCACCUGUCUCGGCACCGGUGCUAUCGGCUCUAAGUUUCUCCCGCAAUCCAUGGCCAAGGAAAGCAGGACCAACAUUGACAGACUUUACGCGUAUGCCAAGCGAGGAGAUAAGGACAUGGUGCAGUGGGUGUUGGAGGCGAGCAGAAACGGCUCGUUGUCCAACAGUACCGUGCAUACUAGGAUCAGGUACACCGGGAUGAGAAAUAUGUACAGGUACACCGAGACGAGAAAUCUGUACCUUGAAUUCCAUGAAUCCCUGGCACCGUCUGGCUCGACCAUUCUUUUCGUCCCUCCUUCGUCCGCGCCACACCUAGCCAAAGAUCUGGAGUCACCCCGGGUGAGCAACUUCUUAGAUGGAAUGCUUCGCAAGAGGAGUUCGACGCCGAAGCCCUCGUUGGAAAUUGGAGAAUGCAGUUCUAAUCCUAGCGAUCUGCUCUUGACCCCGACAAGUACGAUGGACUCCUCGUCUCAUUCUCCCAGUCGUUUACGGACGCCGUCGUUUGGGUCUUCGCUUGAGAAUUUGCUGCAACGAGUUACACCUGGCGAAGUAAAUCGAAGUAGCUUGGAUUUGGGGCGUUUCUGGCCCUGA